AUGAGAACAGCCGGAUUUCUUCUAGCCUUCAACGUAUUGAAAGAAAGACGGGGUUCUUGCAUCAUCGCCUUUGUUGGGACCCUGCACCGUUAUAUUCGGGUCACCGUUCCACUCUGUUUUGUAAUCAUCUGCUUUUUUCUAAUGCCCCUCAUCGCAUCGGGACCCAAUUCCCCUAUCAUGUAUUACCAGUUCUUUUACGAAAUAAUGAAUCACUGGUGGGCCAUACUACUUCAAGUAAAGAACAUCGUCGGAGAGCCGGAGAUAGGAGUGUUUUUGCAUACCUGGUAUCUGUCAGCAGAUUUUCAACUUUUUGUUGUCUCUAUGGUCAUCCUUGUCUCCUUUAGAAGAAAACCUAAGUGGGCUAUUGUUGUAUUUAUGCUCAUGUCAAUCCUGGGAUGUUCGGUGACGGCGUGGCAGUUGUACAACACAAACUACGAGCCUUUCCUUCUGGUAUUGGCCGAGUCAUUCCUUGCCCAUGCGGACACAUUCAGGAAAAUGUACAUCCUACCCACCUACCACGCUGCAUGUUUCUUCACGGGUUGCAUUGUGGCCCUUAUUCUGAAGUUAUUUGGAGAAGUCAAGCUGUCAAAGGUCGCACUCCUAGCACUAUGGGCAACGAGCCUUUCAUGCGGUAUGCUGUGCAUCUUUAUGCGGUACGAUUGGAACCGGGGUGCUAAACCCAAAGGACUAUGGGCAAAGGUCGCUGUUGGUUUCUUUGACCGACUGCUCUUUUCUGUGUUCCUCGCUUGGAUCACGUACGCCUGUGCAACUAAGAGAGGAGGGUGGCUCUGCCGUUUUCUAUCGUGGGAAGCGUUUGUGCCUUUCAGUAGGCUCACCUUUGGAAUGUACCUGAUACAUUUUCCACUCUACUUGGUCCUGUACCAUAUUAGCCGAGAGCGCAUCUUCUUCUCUCACAUAUCGUUCGUCAUCAGAUGCUUUGGCGUCGUUGUCUUCAGCUACCUCUUAAGCUACAUCCUGUUCUUGGCCUGUGAAGCGCCAACUGGCAGACUAGAGAAGAUUUUGCUCACACCACUUCGGCCAAAAGCUGGUUUGGCCUCUGAAUUGAACGGAAAACAACUCGUCCAGAAAGAAACAGUGUAUUGCGCUAAUGGCUUCAAUGCUAUUCCGGAUGAGAAGCCAAAAGAUAAGCUUAGUGGUGUUCACGAAGAAAUCACCGGCGCUAAAAAGGUCCAGGAUCCAUUUUGUCACCUUUAG